AUGGUGGAAGCUUUGAUUUGGGGCAUGGACAUAAGAGAGAGCAACGAGAGGGGAAAAGACGAUUCUGCCCUUCAACCCUCGCCUAGGAGUCCUUUAAGCUCCAUAGAUCUCGCCAUCGAUGGUGCCAUGAACGCUUCCAUCGAGCAGCUUUAUCACAAUGUCUGCGAAAUGGAGAGCUCCGAUGACCAAUCUCCGUCGCGUGCGAGUUUCAUCUCGUACGGAGCCGAGUCAAGAAUCGAUUUGGAGCUGAGGCAUUUAGUGGGAGGAGAUGUGGGAGAAGUUGGAGAGAGAAAGAAAGAGAUUACCUUGGAGAAGAAGGAAGAGAGUAAUGACGGCAGUAAAAACGGAGGAGGUACCUUGAGUCAGAAGAAACCAGGCGAAUCUCAUUCAAACGGUAAGAAGCUUGCGAAGACGAGUCCUAAUUCGAAAAUCCCAGGCUCGAGGAUCUCCUCGAGGAAAUCCCCUAGUCCCGAGAAGAAGGAAGAUGAGAAUCCUGAGCUAGGACCGUUGCUGUUGAAGCAAGCUAGAGAGAUGGUUUCUUCCGGUGAGAAUCUGAACAGAGCUCUUGAUUUAGCGAUGAGAGCUGUGAAAGCGUUUGAGAAAUGCUCAGAAGGAGAGAAACAACAAAGUUUGAAUCUGGUGAUGUCUCUGCAUAUCUUGGCAGCGAUCUACGCCGGUUUAGGGAGAUAUACCGAAGCGGUUCCUGUUCUUGAACGUUCUAUCGAGAUACCGAUGAUUGAAGAUGGAGAAGAUCACUCCUUGGCUAAGUUCGCAGGGUGUAUGCAGCUCGGUGACAUGUACGGUUUAAUGGGUCAGGUCGAGAACUCGAUCUUGCUCUACACAGCCGGUUUAGAGAUCCAAAGACAGGUUCUUGGAGAAACGGAUGCAAGAGUAGGAGAAACUUGUAGGUACUUAGCAGAAGCUCAUGUUCAAGCGAUGCAGUUCGAGGAAGCCUCGAGGCUUUGCCAAAUGGCGUUAGACAUUCACAAAGAGAACGGUUCUUCUGCUACAGCUUCCAUCGAAGAAGCCGCGGAUAGAAGACUGAUGGGGAUUAUCUGCGAUGCGAAAGGAGAUUACGAGUCCGCGCUUGAGCAUUACGUCUUAGCGAGCAUGGCUAUGUCCUCUCAGAAUCACAGAGAAGACGUUGCGUCUAUAGAUUGCAGUAUCGGCGACGCUUACAUGUCUCUAGCUCGGUUCGACGAGUCGAUCUUCGCGUACCAGAAGGCCUUGGCUGUGUUUAAGCAGGCAAAAGGUGAGAACCAUUCCUCUGUUGCUUCGGUUUACGUCAGGCUCGCUGAUUUGUACAACAAGAUUGGGAAAAUCCGCGAUUCGAAAUCGUACUGCGAAAACGCUCUUCGGAUUUACCUCAAACCUUCCCCUGGAACUCCAGUGGAAGAGGUUGCGACUGGUUUUAUAGAGAUCUCUGCGAUAUAUCAGUCGAUGAACGAGCUUGAUCAGUCUCUCAAGUUGCUUAGAAGAGCGUUGAAGAUUUACGCGAACGCUCCUGGUCAACAGAACACGAUCGCUGGUAUUGAAGCUCAGAUGGGUGUGAUCUCUUACAUGAUGGGGAACUAUCCUGAAUCUUACAACAUCUUCAAGAGCGCGAUAUCGAAGUUCCGCAACAGCGGUGAGAAGAAAACCGCUCUUUUCGGGAUUGCUUUGAAUCAGAUGGGACUCGCUUGCGUUCAACGUUACGCCAUUAAUGAAGCUGCUGAUUUGUUUGAAGAAGCGAAAACCAUUCUCGAGAAAGAGUAUGGACCGUACCAUCCGGAUACAUUGGCGGUUUACAGUAACCUUGCCGGGACAUACGACGCAAUGGGAAGGUUAGAUGAUGCUAUAGAGAUACUUGAGUAUGUUGUUGGGACAAGAGAGGAGAAGCUUGGGACGGCGAAUCCGGAAGUGGAGGACGAGAAGCAGAGGCUAGCUGCGUUGUUGAAAGAGGCUGGAAGAGGAAGGAGCAAGAGAAACAGAGCACUUCUUACUCUUUUGGACAAAAACCCUGAGAUGGCACCGACUUGUGGACAUAGACCGGUUUAUUGAUGAACCGGGUAAUAGUCCAGUCUAAAAUGUAUAUAUAUAUACGAAAUACGAGUUCGAAUACAGUCGAGAGGCAAGAAAGAAGAAAAAAGAAGAGGUUUUGUGUUUUCUGAUUUUAUUAGAAUCUCUGAUUCAGAAUACUAAAAACAUUCAUGUUGCAUUUGUUUUUGUAUCUAUUGGCAUUUACAUUUUUGUUAUUAAUAAAGAGAAAGUAUGCAAUCUUCUAGAUCAAAGUUUCUCGCACGUAGAGGACUGAUCUUAUGUCAUUAAGUGUUUGGUUACUUAAACAUCUUUUGUAAUCUGAAAAUCUUUAUUAAU